AUGGCAGAUAGAAGACAAUCGUACUCCUUCCGUUUUUGGCCCACCAGGCGAACCCAAACACCAUCCCCACCACCGGCCACCACCAAUUCUCCUCCAGCCGCUAGGCCCACACCUCAAUCCCGGCCCAUUAGCCGCCAGGCAACCACCAAUCGUCCAGCCGAAAUUCAAAGUCCUUCACGACCACCAUCGACUACUAAUCUCACCCCAGCUGCUCAAUCCCGACCAGUUAGCCGCCAGACAACCACCACCAACCUUCCAGCCGAAACUCAAAGUCCUCCACAACCACCAUCGACUACUAAUCCUCCGCCAACAACCGAAAAAGUUAGCGGCAGGCCUCCAAAUUCCAACUCUCCACCUCCAACACCAAGCAUGCAAAAAAUUAGUCCUCCAAACGAGACUAAAACCUCAUCACCAUCAACUCCCAUCAAACCCGCGUCUUUAUCAAAUAAAUCCAAAUCACCUCCUCAGACUUCAUCAUCUCCAUCUCGCCUGGCCCCACAAGCUUCACCAAUCAAGCCUCCAUCACCGUCUCAUAACUCUAAGGCCUCCUCCACUCCACAGACACGUUCCCUAUCUCGUUCAACCUCUAAGCAAACAUCCUCGAAUUCUCCCAAAAAGCCUCCUAAUUCCCCAUCAAACAAACCAAACCUUAUGGCACCUCAACAAGAACUUCAACCAAAAGCUGAGGCCAAAUCCAAUACCGCUGCUAACAAUGAUAUCAAUGGCACCAAAACCCAGAAUGAGCUUCUACCACCUGAAAAUUUGCCGUCGUCCAUCAUUAAUGACGAGCAUGAACCUCUAACCAAAUUAAAGACAGCACCUGAAGAAACUAUGCAUGUGAAGGAAGUGGUGCAGGCUAUAGAAAACAAAGAUGAUGAAAAGAUAACAACGGAGGCCAACAGUAUUCCCAAUCCAAUGUCUAGCUCUCAAGGAUUGACUCCAAGCGAGGAGAAGCCAGAGGUGCUGCUAGAGAGAAAGGAAACUUUACCUACCUCUCUUCCCAGUCUAGAGCCAACCAGCAACAACACAGCUUCUCAACCGAAGAAGAUAAUGAGCACAGUUGAAGGCAUUCGUGAUAAAGCUGCACAAGAAAAUGGAGAACAUAUCUCCUCAAACAAAGAAAUCAAGAACGACGUCUCGAAAUUUCUCAACCAAAUGGCCCUCGGAGACCCCAAAAAUGCGUUUAACGAAAAAAACGUGAGCAUCAUUACGCUCGCGGGGGAAAAUAGAGGUGCCUCAAUGCAAAUGGGGCCCACUGCUCAAAAAGACGGGCCGCCAGUCCACAUAAGCAGGGGAUACAAGGUCAACCCUGGUGAAAUUGCAAACACAACAAACAAUGGAGAAGAAAGCUCAAAAGGGAAAAAACCGUCUGACGAUGCAAAAGCAACAGCAGAAGGCCAACCAACAGAGGCGUAUGUGAAUAACAACACACAAGGAAUCAAUAACUCUAUUGUGUUCAAUGCCUCAAUUGCCGAAAGAAAUCCGGGGGUUCACUUUGUUGUCACUCAUGUCCCAAAGGAGUCAAUCUGGACUGCUGCAGAGAAAAUAAGCCCAGCAGAGGCAAGAAAGGCGGAGUACAACAUGACACAGGCGGAGAAAAUUACCUAUGACCCCUUGGUGAGAAGAAGGUGCUUGAGAGGCCUUCUCUUGGAAACGAGUGAUUCUGAUAUAGAGAACCCUGAAAAGCCUAGGCGCCAUGGUUGUCGAGUUGGAUGCCAGCAGAAGGAAAAAGAGAACAAUGCAGAUAUUUCCUGA